CUCUUCGUACAGCAGGUCUCCAGCUAAGCUAAAUCAAUGUGAUGCUAGUGUAGCAACGAACUAACCUUCAUAAUCUUAAACAUAGAAAGACGUGUGACUUUUUGAAAAACAUUGAUUAAGGCUAGCUAGCUAAAUGUGCCACGUAUGUCGGCGUUUCGUCUCACAGUCUCCCGCACGCGGCGAGGAGUGUCACUGAUAAUCAAUCGGUCUGCAUUGCCCUUGUUAAAUAACAUUGUGCGCUUAUUAAACGUAGGGAUCCCCUACCUUAGAGGCAGCCCCACGUGCUUGCAAAAGCACACCAUAAAUAUAACCCGUCUUUUCAGUUACCAUCCGCAUAACCCAAAGAUUCCGAAGGAAGCAACGUGGGAACCAGUACCAGAGGACCAGCUUCCUCCGCCUCGCCAAAUCCCUGCUGAUCUAGUGGACAAGCUGGAGCGACUGGCCUUGGUUGAUUUCCGCACCAAAGAGGGACUAGCCUGCUUGGAGAAAGCCAUACGUUUUGCAGAUCAGCUCCAUGUUGUUGACACAUCAGGGGUUGAACCGAUGGACUCUGUUCUGGAGGACAGGGCUCUAUGUCUGAGGAAGGACACAGUGAUGGAGGGUGACUGUGCUGAGGAGCUGCUUCAGCUCUCAAAAAACACAGUUGAAGAAUAUUUUGUUGCUCCACCAGGAAACAUUCCUCUACCUAAGCGGGAGGAGAGGACUGCUAUGCUGAAGCACUCAGAGUUCUGAUGUGGAGUUUAUAUUUAUUACUAGUAGUUUUUUUGUUUGUUUUGUUGUUGUACUAGGAGACUGUGUGUGUCUGUUACACACUGCAUCAUGUGUCACAUGCCUAGGAGACAGCAAAAAUCAGGUUGAUCAUUUACAUAUUUUCAGUUUCGUUUCAGUUUCAGUAUCCAUUUACAGAUCUGUUAGUCACCUUUGUAUUGACAGCAGGUAAGAGAUUCAGGGAAGUACCUGCAUACACCCAUCUCUCAUUAUGCUCCAUUAUACCUAUUUCUUGAAGUUUUUACAUAAAGGUUGUUGUUGUUGUUGUUGUUGUUGUUGUUGUUGUUGUUGUUGUUGUUGGAGCGUACUGUCUGAGAUGUAUAAGUGCAUUUCCACUUAAAAAAGACCCCUAAACUACUCAGAUGGCUCCAUUCUCUUUAUAAUAACUUAAAAUAAUUAAAGAAUUUAAAUAUUUUUUAAAUAAUGAGUCAGAUUUUUGUUGGUCUUUUAGGCACUACAGCACAAGAAAAUAUUUAAUAUGAGCAGUAAUAAAGAUAUCAGCCACAAUGCUAAUGUAAAGGAUGUGUUUGUGUUUUAGCUACAUUUAGCUGAACACAUCUCUGAACUUAAGUUCCAUUUUCAUGCAGGAUGUUUGGAAAUUGGUCCUUAAAAGAUAUCUCGGUUCUUCUUCCACCAGAGCUGCACUACACUGAGUAACUAAAAUCAGCCUGUAUUACAUUUUAAAAUAUAUUUAC